AUGUCAAUUUUCAACCUCACCGCCUUUGAACCAUCAACAUUCAUCCUAAUGGGGAUCCCUGACCUGGAAACUGCCCACCUCUGGAUCUCCAUCCCGUUCUCUACAUUCUACAUUAUUGGCCUAUUGGGAAAUUUUACAGUUCUGUUUGUUGUAGGCAAAGAGCAGACCCUGCACAAGCCGAUGUACCUCUUGCUCUGCAUGCUGGCGCUCACGGACAUUGGCACGUCUACCUCUGUUGUGCCAAAGGCACUGUGUAUAUUUUGGUUCAAUUUGAACAACAUUAAUGUGGGUGGCUGCCUCACCCAGAUGUUCUUCCUUCAUGGGGUUUCUAUGAUGCACUCAGCCAUCCUUGUGACAAUGGCCUUUGAUCGCUAUGUUGCCAUAUGUAACCCUCUGAGAUAUGCCACUAUCCUCACCAAUGCACGAAUAGCUAAACUAGGGCUAGUGGGUUUGAUAAGAGCUGUUCUCCUCAUUCUACCCCUUCCCCUGCUCCUGAUCAAGCAGCCAUUCUGUUCCAACCACAUUAUCCCCAACACGUAUUGUGACCACAUGGCUGUGGCAAAGAUGUCGUGUGGAGACAUCACAGUCAACAGGACAUAUGGUUUGGUGAUGGCAUUUGUAGUCAUCAUGUUAGACUUGACUCUCAUUGUCCUGUCCUACAGUCUGAUCAUCAGGGCCAUCCUCAGAAUCUCCUCCAAAAAAGCCCAUCAGAAAGCCCUCAACACCUGCACAGCCCACAUCUGUGUGAUGCUGAUGUCUUAUCCUCCCUUCCUCUUCUCCACUCUGACACAUCGGUUUGGUCAGGGCAUCGCUCCACAGGUUCACGUCAUCUUGGCCAACCUCUAUUUCCUCCUCCCCCCCAUGCUCAACCCUAUCAUUUAUGGGGCCAAAACCAAAGAACUUCGUGAGAAAAUGGGCAAAUACACCUGCAGAAGGUGAUCUCCUAGGGCCACAGACUUUAAACCAGC